CGAUAGUGUCUCGUGCCUUGAUCAUUCCCAGUGUUCGAAUUCCUAAGCUUAUACCCUCUUCUCGAUUCGUAUACCAGCAUCAUCAAACACAUAAACUGUCGCCUGUCAGAACCCACGCACCGGGGUUCCGAUGACCUCAUUCGACCCCCAAUAGACUGCGGGCUAUCCUUGUAGUCGUAGUCACUCCAGCGGGCGCAAAUACAAAACCCUACGAGUACAAUUUCUACACAGACUAUGGCACCCUCUCCUACGAUGCGGCGACUCCUCAAGGAGACGGCCGAACUCUCCUCUCCUUCCUCCAACCCCAACCCUGCCUUUUACGCCGCUCCAGUCUCGGACGCCGACCUUCACGAGUGGCACUUUACACUGCUGGGGCCGCCCUCCCCUUCUCCUUAUGAGGGUGGCAUGUACCACGGACGCAUCACGCUACCUCCGACCUACCCGCUCAAACCGCCGAAUUUCCGGUUCCUGACGCCGUCGGGUCGCUUCGAGGUCAACCGUGAGAUCUGCCUGAGCAUUUCCGGGUUCCACGAGGAGACAUGGAUGCCCGCCUGGGGGGUGCGGACGGCCCUGACGGCGCUGAGGAGUUUCAUGGCAGAGAAGGGUACCGCGGGACAAGUCGGCGGUCUGGAAGCCAGUGUCGACGUCAGGAAGAGACUGGCGCGAGAGUCGAGAGGUUGGAGGUGUGAGGCGUGCAGGAAAAGUAAUGAGGCCAUAAUGAGGGAGUGGUGGGAGGUCUGUAGGCAGAGUGGUGUCAAUGUACAAGAGGAGGAAGGCGUGCGACUGGAAUCACUACCAGAAGGCAUGAACCUAGAAACGCGCAGUCCAGAGGACAAGAAGAAAUCGUCCACGGCGGCGGCUUCAGGUCAACAAGAGAGUCAAUUAGCAUCAGAAAGCAAGGACAAUGGAAAGGCCAAAGCAGAGAGCACCGGAGAUGAUGCCACGUCCAAUGCUCGACAGACUCAGAUGCCGACAUCACCGUCAAUACGAACGCCGCCAGCACACGCUGAGCCCGAAUUCAGCACAAGUGCGAAUACGAGGACCAGUGUAGAUUCACUUGCGCAAACACAGAACACAUCAACAGUCCGGCAAUCUCAACAGUCCCGCCCAGACAAGAGCAACGACGACACAACAAACCUACACCCUCCACCGGCCUCUCCGCCACCACCACGCAUGAUACCUACUCCCUCGGCCGAAGCGGCACAAGCGUCCGCCGAAGCGGUCCUCACACCCUCCGACUUUUCCUCUCCUUCCUCCUCCUCCUCCUCCUCCAGGCUGCAUCGACCGAGCAUAUCCCUCAUGUCCGGUGGAAUCCACGCACCUCCUUUGGCCGCCGCGAAUGCGGCUCUCCAGAACUCAAACAUGGGGGCGGCUGCGCCGUUGAUCCUCCAGCGAGACAGGGCGAGAGAGAGCAUCACGAUCGACCGGGCCAUCGCGGGUAUCUUUGUCGCCUUGUGUCUCAUGGUCCUCAAGAAGAUCUUCUACCCUGCCGGCACCAACGGCGGUGGUAUGGGGUUCGGAGGAGGAGUCGAUGACUUUUACCUCCAACGCGAAUGACUGAACCAUGUAUGCCGUGUGUGUAUUUAUACAUGCGUAAACAGUCGGCACUCGCUCGAUCAUGGCUUGGAGGGAAGAAAAUCAAGGGCGGAGAGAAUGAUCUAGACGUCUCUACUCUAUCCGUUGUACGGAGUACGUGGAUGGAGUGAGCGGCCGAGCGAAGCGAGAGUAACGAAAAUGGAGAGAGAAGAUGAGACAUAGUAAAACACUAUAUAACGAAAGACACGACACCUAAUGUCAUCGAAUGGGAUGGAUUGAGUACUUCUAGAGCGUAAGCAAACGUUCCGACAGGGGAAGAAUAGACCAUCGUACUUCUAUAUAGUUCCAUACAAUGUUGAGGAACGUCAAAGCAGAGUAUACCUUGAUGUGUCGAAAUUACCCUUGCGAUACGAGUAGUUA